GCGUGGGUUUUUUCUUCAGAUCUGUACUUGAACGCGGCGGCGGUGGUGUGUCAUUACUUUUGCUUGUGCUCGUCGGAAAUCUUAUCGAAGCCGAAUCGAAAAUUCUGGUGAAAUUUUGUCCGCUUUCGGAAGGAAGUAAACAGUGCGUUUGGUUUCUGUUUUGUUGUGGUAAAAUUUCGUGUAGAUCUCCGUUUUUUUACGGUGAAAAUAUUGAUUUCCAUCGGAAGCGCGGUGGCAGACAGGAAAAUACGGGAACCUAAACGGUCAAGAAGAAGAAACCCGGCAGUGUAUUUUUGUGUGGCGGCCCCCCGGUUUCGAAACGACCACAGAAAGAGUCGUGUGUGUCUCUAACUUGCGGUUGUGUUUGUGCAGGGAAGAAAACAGUGUUUCACCCGAGGAUUUGAAAUGUCUCAGAAAACGAAGAGAUCCGGCGUUUCGACGCCCAUCCCGGUGACGGCCAGCACUCCGGUCCAGGGAACUACUCCCGGAAUUGGAGCGCGCCCUUCGAGCCCUCUGAGCCCAACCCGGCUCACCCGGAUGCAGGAGAAGGUGGAUCUGAUGAACCUGAAUGACCGUCUGGCUUGCUAUAUCGACCGGGUGCGUUUCCUGGAGCAGGAGAAUUCCCGCCUAACGAUGGAAGUACGCAGCUCACAGGAAACCGUCACCCGGGAAGUGUCCAACAUCAAGCAGAUGUACGACCACGAGCUGAACGAUGCUCGCAAGCUGCUGGAUGAAACGGCCCGCGAAAAGGCCAAGCUUGAAAUCGAUGCCAAGCGGAUAUGGGAGGAGAACGAGGACCUCAAGAAGAGAUUGGAGCGGAAGGCCAAGGAAGCCGCAGACUACGAACGCAAUGCCCGCGCCCAGGAAUCCCGCGCCAACGAACUGUCCGCCAAGUACAACACAGUCCUGUCCGAGCGCAAGAAGGCCCAGGAUGAACUUAAGGAACUGGAAAAGGAAGUCGCUCGCCUGAAGAAGCAGGUCGAAACGCUCCGGAAGAACCUGGAAGAGGAAACGCUGGCCCGAGUUGAUCUGGAGAAUGCCGUCCAGAGUCUGCGCGAGGAGCUCACCUUCAAGGACCAAAUCCACCAGCAGGAACUGACGGAAACCAAAUCUCGCCGGCAGGUCGAAAUCAGCGAAAUCGAUGGCAUGCUCUCCGAGCAGUACGAAGCCAAAUUGCAACAGACUCUGCAGGACCUGCGCGACCAGUACGAUGGCCAGAUGCGCGCCAAUCGGGAUGAGAUCUCCGAGCUGUAUGAAGUAAGCGUUUUCCCGAGUUCUAUCCAUACAAUUUUACUAACUUUACUCCCCUCGUUUCAGUCUCGUCUGCGUGAUUUGGAACUGCAGCUGAACGCCGAACGUCAGCGCCACGCCGAAGAAAAGAGCAAGCUGCAGGAUGAAAUCGAGCGCCUCCGUAACCAGAUUUCGCAGCAACUCCAAGAAUAUCAGGAUCUCAUGGACAUCAAAAUUUCCCUGGAUAUGGAAAUUGCCGCCUACGACAAGUUGCUUUCCUCCGAGGAAGUUCGUCUCAACAUUACCCCCGGAAGCCAGACCACCAUCUUUCAGACGUCGUCCAGCAGCUCCAGCACGGCCCGUUCCGGAGCGAUGCGUCGUACUCCUCAGCGUGCCGCGGCCAAACGCAAGCGUACCGUGCUGGAGGAAUCGGACGAGCGCAGUGUGUCGGACUUCUCGGUCACUUCGUCCGCCAAGGGAGACAUCGAGAUCUUCGAAGUCGAUCCGGAGGGCAAGUUCGUCAAGCUGCACAACAAGUCUGCUAAGGAAGUACAAAUUGGAGGCUGGACGCUAGUCCGCAAGGUCGGCACCAACGAAACCGUGUUCAAGUUCCACCGAACCCUGAAGGUCGAUGGCGGUUCCUUCGUGACGGUGUGGUCUUCGGAUCUCGGACAGACGCACGAACCUCCGAGCACGAUCGUGAUGAAGGGUCAGAAGUGGUUCGCCGGCGAUAACAUGACCACUCAGCUGGUGAACGGCGAAGGAGAGGAAGUAGCAGCGUCGGAACGUGUCAAGCGUAUUGUUUCCACCGCCGCUUCACGCCAUCGGGAGUACCUCGGUUCUUACAGCGGAGAAGAGCUGUAUCACCAACAGGGGGAACCCAAGGGCGAGGAGAAAUGUCGCAUCAUGUGAAACUAAGGCGUUAGUGCAUGUGCCCCCAUCCUAAAUGAAAAAUGAGGUAGUGUUGAAUCCCGUAAUACAUAAACCUACACACGGUACGGACAGUCUCGUGUGACACUCUGUUGUAUUACCCUGACCGUUAGGAGUAAUACAAAGAAGCGAGCGUACGAGAGAGAGACUAGCGUGAACAAAUAAUAGAUGUAGUAAGUAAGAAUGGAUGAGUCCAAUUUACCAAUCACUACUAAAAUCAUAUGAACAAAAUUCUUCACCACUGAUGGUACUGAUGAUACUAACUAUCGUAUCUGGCAAGAAAAGCAGUUAACAAGAUGAAACUAAUCAAUAAUGCAAACUUGAAAAUAACGGAAGCAGCACAACGACUACUAUCCUACACUUAUCAGAAAAUGACGUACUUCGUCUAAUUGAAAGUUAAAAACUCGAUCACUUAUAAUAGCAUUUUUAAAUUUAUACCUUGCAAAGCUGAUGAAGCCUCUCAAAUAAAAGAAUCAAUAACUAAAAUGCCAUAAUUGUAAAGAACAAGAGGAUGAAAUUUCUUUUUUAAAUUUUAACAUAUUGGUUCACCGAAAUAUUUGUUCAUCAUACAUAUGAAAGCAGAGCAACAUCGAACUAAUGCACCGAUUCCAAUCGGUGGCUUUAUUGAUGCUUUAAUUUUAAGAAAGUAACCUUUUUCAGUGUUCUGUCCGUUCGUAGCUUAUUUAUGAUUGUUUUCAGUGUUCCACAGUGAAAAUCAAAACUCUGAAAGUCGCGAGUAACCUUGCAGUGCUGCGCGUUCGUUGCCUUUUGUAAUCAUCCUAAUAUACAGUGUACUACUAGCGUGAGGAAACAGAGAACUGCAUUUUUGAUUUUGCCGUUUUUUCUUUUUAUUAUUGUAAAGAAGAUAGGUAAAAGAGAUAUAUUUUUAAAAGAUAAGAGUAGAACACGUUCAAUCGUAUAGCUUCCGAUGAAAAUGUCCCAUCAAUGUUAUUCAAACAAACUCACAAAUCCAUUUAGUUUGUAAAAACGACUUAACCCCAAAACAAAUGUCACGACUAUCCCCUAUCAGUAAUUUACUUUCAUUUAUAUUUGGUAGAAUGGUUUUCUAUUGAUUUGAACAAGUAAUACAUCGAUAAAUUUAUUUCUGUUGUACCGACAUAAAUACGAAUUAUUCAAUCAUUAAGCAGAGAAUUUUAAAUAAACACAAACAUCCAAAAA